AUGGCUUCAGAAACGGUCCGGUUGAGAGGAAGACCAGCCCAUACGCCGGGAACUACAAUUCUCAGCUAUACGCCUAAUGGCCGACGAGUCAUAACCGCUGGUUCCAACUCUGCCAUUCGAAUAUUUACGAUUGGAGAAAACGAUGAACCAAAAACAGUUGAUGAUGGUGUGGAUGGGCGAUUGGGGAUUGUUGCAACCAACGAUUCGUUUAUCAUGGGAGGGGAGGACGGAACGGUUUGGAGAUACGAAUUAGAAACAGGUCAGAUGGAUAAAUUGCUGGUCCGCUGCGCGUUACCCGUACGAGACUUGUCACUGUCAAAGGAUGGGGAUUGGGUGGCCGUUGCCAGCGAUGACCUCGUGGUCAAAAUCGUUAAUAUUCAUGAUAUGACCAUUGUGAAGUAUUUACGGGAGCAGAGUAAAGGUGUUAAGCAUGUGACUUUCGACCCCAGCGGACGUUUUAUUGCCGUCUCUGGCUCAGAUGGAAUCAUCUACAUAUACUCCGUCGAUGGGCCGCAGCCAGAACUGGUGAAGAAAAUUGAUGGCAUAAUUGGCAGACUGGAAACAGACAAUGAAGCUACAUCACGGGCAGUGUGGCAUCCAGAGGGCAGAGCAUUUGUUGCCGUUGAGCCAACACGAGAUAUUGCGAUAGUCGCUGUGAGCGAUUGGACGAAACAAAAUGUGUUCCCUGCCGGCCAUAAUGCAGAUAUUACCGCUCUUGCCUGGUCCCCGAACGGAGCCUUGCUGGCGAGUGCUGGGGCAGAUCGUCAAAUUGUGCUUUGGGAGACGAAGACGCAAAAGAUUCUGCGGAGAUAUGAUAUACCAAACGUGAUAAAUCUCGCAUGGCAUCCCGUUGAUAACACCCUCUCUUUUACCACAUCUGAUGGUGAACUAUUCAUCUAUGAAGAUUUUGUUCCUGCAGAGCAUAGGUCAUUGCUCGAUAAACCAUUAGAAAGUGCACCUCUGCUCUCUGGAGCUCCUCAAGAGCAAAUGAGUCUCCCUACCAGGCAUUUGACGAAUGGCUUACAGACUAGCCUGGAAAAUCGACCAAGAAGGAGCGGUACUCCGGACUCUUUAGAUGAUAUUUUGGGACCUAUGGAGGAUGACGAUGGAUUCAUAGAGGAUGACGAUGGAGCUGGUUAUAUAGAAAUCAAUCAAUACGGAAAACGCACAACUGGUUCUUGUGAUGAGCUAGAUGGCCAUGAUGAUAAACGGCGGAUGGGUACGUUCUUACAACAAAAGCAACAUUCCCCAUUUCAGCCUGGAAGUACACCCUGGAGAGGUAACAGAAGAUAUCUAUCUCUCAAUUUAAUCGGAUUUGUUUGGACGGUUAAUCAAGAGACACACAAUACUGUCACUGUCGAGUUUUACGACCGGGAGCGGUUUCGGGACUUCCAUUUUACCGACCCCUUUUUGUAUGAUAAGGCCUGUUUAAAUGAAAAGGGAACAUUAUUUUCAUGCCAGCCGUCGAACGGGAAUCUAGCUACUAUAUUCUAUCGCCCUCACGAAACCUGGACAGUACGGGCUGAUUGGCGAACUCAACUCCCAGAAGGGGAGAGGAUCACUGCCAUCGCACUUAGCCAUUCCUAUAUUGUUGUGACUACCUCUGCGGAUUAUGUCCGAGUUUACACCCUCUUUGGCACCCCGUACCGAAUUUAUAGGCAAAAGAGUCAAAGUGUUACUUGUGCGGCGUGGAAAGACUAUGUCCUAACAGUAGGAAACGGGCCUGUCGGCAGCGAUGGUAUGGCCCAACUAACCUAUUCGAUUGAAAAUGUUAAACGGGAUGAAAUUUGCCAAAAUGAAGAUCAUGUCGCUUUACCCGACUCUGCCGAGCUUCGAAGCGUUUUCUUUUCAGAUAAUGGGGAUCCCUUCAUAUACGAUUCUACAGGGGUGCUGUUAGUAUUGCAACACUGGCGAAAACCCGGACAAGCACGCUGGGUCCCGCUUCUUGAUACGAAACGAAUGGAUCGCCUUAGCAACGGACGGAAAGAGGAGACGUACUGGCCUGUCGCAGUGGCACAAGAUUCCUUCCACUGUAUCAUCCUCAAAGGCGGUGAUCGCUACCCCUAUUUUCCCCGACCACUGCUCAGUGAAUUCGAACUCAAAAUCCCCAUCUCCACGAAACCGAACAAAAACCUCACCGUGGAUGGUGAGGAUGAAACCAUGGACGAGUCCACGGGACAAGACUCCAUUAACAAACUGGAAGAAGCGUUUAUACGUUCCAGCCUUUUCUUUAGCCUGCUGGAUGACCGUGUCGCCGCAUCCGAAGCCACGGGUGGUAAUGGAGAUGUGGAGUUGCACAGGAAGGAAAUUGAUAUUGACAAGACUAUUUUGCAGCUGCUGGCUAUUGAGUGUCGGGAGGGUGAAGAAAGGGGUAUGAAGGCUCUUGAGCUUGUUUCUAUGAUGCGAGAUCGUAGCGGAAAGAUGUUGGAUGCUGCGCGCAAAAUUGCACUGCGGUAUGAACGGACUGUUCUGGAUGAGAAGAUUAGGGAACUUGCGGAGCGGAGGCUUAUGGGUGAAGACGAUAAUGAGGAUGACAAUGAUGAAUUUCUCUAG